AUGGUAUCUUGGGUAGAAACUACACUUUCCUUUACCGAAAAUGUGUUAAAUAAUUUUAGAACCGACCAAAUUUCUAACCUAGUUAAGUCGGACGACACAAUUCUUCGGUUUGGUGCAUUUCUUUUUGAGAAAUACAAUACCACCCAAGCACAAUUCAAACGUCAAUCAAUGCGCCAACUUGGACGUCUAAGUUUGGAAUUGAAAAAUAAAGGAGAUAUUUUUAAAAAUUUCAGCGAAAUGCUUCUUCCUGAAAAAUUUGAUGCCGUUGUAAAUGCAACAAAGGCCCUUAUAAAACUCAACAUAACGACCCAACAAAAAGGCCAGAGUUUCAAAUACCAUCACUGGCGUUGA